AUGAAUAGCCGCUUUCUGUUUGUUUUUUUAUCAUUUCUAAUUUUCAUAAAUAGUCUCUUUGCCUACAAGAUACAAAAAAGGGAUUAUGAAAAUAGACAGUAUUUUACUCUUCAUACAAUUCGACCUAAUGAUAUCAAAACUGCAAAACAAGUUGCAAGCCAAUUAAAUGCGACCUUUGAAGGUCAAGUUGGUGAACUAAGUCAUUAUUAUUGGAUUAGUAUACCCGCCUCGAUAGAUACCCAUCAAGAUUUAGUAAACCGCUUUGUUAAUCUUCAAAAGAAGAGAAAUCAUCCUUCAUGGUUAGUUGAUCAGAUAGAGCCUCAGAUACCUAAAAGGCGUUUAUUUAAACGUGCUCCACCACCACCAUUACCUGUUAUUGAAAAUGAAGAAGAAGAAUAUAAAUUGAAUGGUGGAAACUUUACUGUACCUUCUUUAGAUGACAUUAACGGAUUUGAAAAAAUGAAGGAACUAUUUCAAAUUAAAGAUCCCGGCUUUGAUCGACAAUGGCAUCUGAUUAAUACUCAGGAGCGUGGACAUGACUUGAAUGUGACUGGUGUAUGGAGUCAGGGCAUAACUGGGAAAGAGGUUGUAGUCGCUAUACUAGAUGAUGGUUUAGAUAUGAACCAUGAAGACCUCAAAGAUAAUUAUUUUGCAGAAGGUUCAUACGAUUUUAAUGAUCAUGUCCCGGAUCCAAAGCCUAGGUUAGUAGACGAUACUCAUGGUACAAGAUGUGCAGGUGAAAUUGCAGCUGUAAAAAAUAAUGUAUGUGGUAUAGGUGUAGCCUAUGAGGCAAAAGUAUCUGGGAUUCGAAUAUUAUCAGGAGAAAUUACAGAAGCAGAUGAAGCAACAGCCUUAAAUUAUGAAUAUCAAAGGAAUCACAUCUAUUCGUGUUCUUGGGGUCCAUCUGAUUUAGGUGAAGUAGCAGAGGCACCACGUGGGAUCGUUUUAGAUGCUAUUAAGAAUGGUAUUCAGAAUGGCAGAAAUGGUUCAGGGUCAAUCUACGUUUUUGCUUCUGGUAAUGGUGGAGUACAUGAAGAUAAUUGUAACUUUGAUGGCUAUACAAACAGUCUUUAUACGAUCACGGUAGGUGCGAUUGAUAGAAUGGGCAAUCAUCCUUAUUAUUCUGAAAAAUGUGCAGCUCAGUUGGUGGUGACUUAUUCAAGUGGAAGUGGUGGAUACAUUUAUACAACAGAUAUUGGUGAAAAUAAAUGUUCUGAUCGACAUGGUGGCACCUCUGCAGCUGCUCCCUUGGCUGCAGGUGUCUUUGCUCUCGUUCUCUCUGUUCGCCCUGAUCUAACAUGGCGUGAUAUGCAGCAUCUAUGCAUACAAUCGGCUAUUCCUAUUUCUUUAGAUGACGAUGAUUGGACAAGAUUACCUUCUGGUCGGAUGUUUAAUCAUAAAUAUGGAUAUGGUGUAUUAGAUGCAUACAGAAUAGUGGAGUUGGCUAAAACUUUUAAAUCAGUUCAACCUCAAACAAAGGUAGAGGUGAAAUCACCAUCCAGUACAAGUAAACAGGAUAUCCCUGACUUGACCCCCUCUCGAGAUAACAAAAUUGACAAACAUAAUGCAUUCACCAGCACCCUGAUGGUAACACAAGAUAGACUGGACAAAGCAGGUCUCCUUCGUCUUGAGCAUGUUACAGUGACGGUGAACAUUGAACAUCAACAACGUGGUGAUUUAGAAAUCUUGUUGGAAAGUCCUCAUGGCAUAUCCAGUCAAUUAGCUUCCCCUCGACCCCGUGAUAAAAGCAGUGAUGGCUUGAUUGAUUGGACAUUUAUGACAGUUAAACAUUGGGAAGAAGAUCCUGUUGGUAAUUGGACACUUCGUAUUGUAGAUGGUAAAAACCCUAAUAGUCGUGGUCAAUUCAUUAAUUGGAAGCUAACCCUUUGGGGUGAAGUUAUGGAGGGCUUCCAAUUCGAUGAAACAGACCACUAUAGCCAUAAUGAUGAUGAGCCUAUUAUGGAUAGUAGUAGUGGUAUUGAUGAUGUUGAUUCAAAAAUAAGUCCAUCAUUGAUAAUAAUAACACGAAUGUCACAACAAAUCAAUCAGUUCUAG